CCUCUCACCGCUUCCCUUCCCCUCCUCGCCAUCUCCCUUUCCGUUUCCACAACAUAAAGCCGCCUCGUCUUCUCCCUCUUGUACGAUCACAGCUUCGACAAGUCUUUUCCGUGCGCGGGUGUGAGAGACGAGAAUGGACGGUGCUGCGUUGGAGGAGACGGGCAAGGGUGGCGGCGCGGCGCCGUCAGGGGUGACCCUGGAGGAGCUGAGGAAGAAGAUGGCCGACUUCGCCAGGGAGAGGGACUGGGAGCAGUACCACAGCCCAAGAAACCUUCUCCUUGCUCUGGUGGGUGAGGUGGGGGAGCUCUCUGAGAUAUUCCAGUGGAAAGGGGAGGUGCCCAAGGGGCUGCCGGGUUGGGAGGAGAGGGAGACGGAGCACCUUGGUGAGGAGCUCGCGGACGUGCUCCUCUACCUCGUCCGCCUCUCGGACAUGUGCGGCGUCGACCUGGGCAAGGCUGCGCUGCGCAAGAUCGAGCUCAACGCUCGCAAGUACCCUGCUGGGCAGGCCAGCGGCUCGUCCAGGAAGCGAACUCGCUGCUCCGACGAUAGCGUUCGUACCAGCGAGGACUGUGGUAGCGUGGUGCCUGCCGCCGGCGAGAGCAAGGAGGAACAAUGAUAGCAAAUUGGCAAUGGGUCCUGACUGCUGAGAUUUUGUCUGAAUUUGCUUCUAGACUGAUUCUUCUAGUUCAGGGUCACAGGGUUUGUGAUCAUGGACUUCUUUUGCUGAAACUAAUGAAAGGAACAAGAGGUUUGGUGCUACUAAAUGGGAGAAAUGAUGUGUGCAUUAGAUAAAUUCUUUUAUCAAGCAUUAGGAUGGCUACCGUGCCAAUUCAUUAGCUCAUAGUACUAAUUACAAUAGUAAGAUGGGUAUAAUCUAGCAAUGC